CCACAGUGACCAGUGGUGUGGCAAGUGGAUGUAUCUCGCUUUAACCAAGCUCAUUAACUGCAGAUUGUUUUUUAGGCUGGGGUAUUGAAUUUCGCAUUUUCAAAGACCGAUUAUUUGCUGUUCUACGGCCCUGACGAUUCCCAUAUUUGACACCCAUUCACUUUCUGGAUAUCGAAAGUCCAAAAUUUACAUGCAUACUUCGAGGAAUAUCGUCAGCUUGAAGGAAAAUAUCCUUCGAGAAAAGAGCGAAAGUGAACCUGUAAUGCUUCAACAAAAUGCGAUGAACAGUUUCCAUACGCGUACAACGAAAUGGAAUACAUCUAAGUGAUGUAACCUUUAAAAAAUAAGAAUCCGCACAUCUGGUGCUUCAUUUCAAUAAAAUUAUUUUUCCUAGCCAAUUGCAUUGUUUGACAACUAGUCAACACAAUUUUUUCGACACGUGUUUAGCUAUAUUAAUUUUUCCAAGAAUAGAUAAUUCUGGAUAAUCUAAUUCUUAACAUUCUUGUUCCUCCCCUUAUCAUUAUAUUUACUUUUCCUUUUUCAGGUUUACAAAUUUUGGGAAUUACAUAGGUUUUGAAUUGGUUGUACCUAACAAAGGAUUUUUAUCCUUGAGAACUAAUGAAGGGGCCUAUCAUCUACUGAAAAUUUUCUCUGGGACACGUUUUAAUUAAACGUCAAUUGGUUGCAGCGGUUAAUUUGUAAUUCUAAAAGAUAAAAAUAGAUUUCUUUCUAAAGGUUUUUCCAUUCCUUUAAAUGAAAAAGUUAUCCAGCAAUCUUUUUACUUACCUUCAAGGGUACACAAUUUUUUUCUAAACUGGUGUUCAUUUUUGGGUAUUAGACCUGCGUUAGCUAUAUUGCAUAAAAAAAAGGAAUCAGGGGUUUAUUUUCAAUGUCAUGUUACAAGCGAUACUCGUAUUUCGAGUACUCGAUUUCACACAUAUUCAGCUGCCGCCGCUUUAAGAAGCCUCAAUACACUAAGUUCUCAGUGCACUAAAAAUCAUCUUUGUAGACAUCUAAAAAGCUGAGAUGGGUGAAAAAAGGAACAUCCAAAAUGUUUUUAUUUUCUAGAGCUUCACAUGAAGGAAGACAUCGCAGGUGCAACAUUCAUGGCGACAGCUGCUUCCAGUCCUGAGCUGUUCAUAAACUGCGUUGGUACCUUUGUCACUGAGGGUGACUUGGGUGUUGGAACCAUCGUGGGAUCUGCAGUAUUUAAUAUUUUAGCCGUACCGGCAUGUUGCGGACUUUUCGCCAAUAUCGUAUUAGAUUUGGAGUGGUGGCCUCUAACCCGCGACAGUGCCAUGUACGCGCUUUCUGUGAUUUUACUUAUAAUUACUUUACAUGACGGAAGAAUAUACUUCUAUGAAGCUUUAGUCUUAGUUUUAGUCUACACUCUAUACGUUCUACUUAUGUGUUUCAAUGGGCCUCUGAACAGAGCAGCACAUAAAGCUGUGGCAAAAAUGCGCAGAAGAAAUUACUAUGUGGAAGUUCUUGGUGAGACUCAUCCCCUCCUCAUCAAAGAGGAUGAGAAGUUUAUGCAGAGCAGCGAAUAUAAUGCAAUGCAUAAAAUUUUGGAUUGCGAGAUGACCCUGAAGGAUUGUGAAGAUCUAGAGGAAUCAACAGAGAUAUGGAAAUGGCCGAAGGACGAAUGUGCCAAGGGACAAGUCUGGUGGGUUCUCACAUGGCCCAUAUCUUUUAUUUUGUACGUAACUACUCCUGAUUGCAGAAAAUAUCCCAGACUUUAUGUUGUAACAUUUAUCAUGUGCAUCUUCUGGAUCGGAACCACUUCAUAUACAGUAGCCUGGCUGAUUACUAUCAUAGGGGAUACGUUGAAUAUUCCUGAUUCUGUGAUGGGGCUAACGUUCUUGGCGGCAGGUACCAGUGUUCCAGAGGCUGUCUCUAGUGUUAUUGUAACUAAAUUAGGUCAUGGAACUAUGGGGCUCAGCAGUUCAAUAGCUUCGAACACCUUCGACAUAUUGCUCUGCCUAGGAAUUCCUUGGAUGAUUAAGACUGGUUUCUAUCUCCACAAUCCCGAUAAGAAUUGGAUUCAGAUCAACUCAGCUGGAAUCAACUUCAGCGCAUGUGCUCUACUGUCUACGAUCAUACUAUUAUACAUAAGCUUUUUAUGCAACAAAUUCAAGUUGGAUUGGAAGAUAGGCCUAACCUGCCUGAUGAUCUACGUGGCAUUUUUGAUAUUCGCCACAAUUAUCGAGAUGAACGUCUUCUUUGUGGUGAACCUACCAACAUGUGACAGAUGACAACGACUCAUUUAAUCUAGAUAUACAUAUAUGUUUACGAUCAAAGUUAUGCGGUGGAGGUUUAUAUUUAUUAAAAUUGGAUGAUUGAAUAAUGCACCAUUCAUAUUCAGAGCGAUUCACUAAAAAGGGGAGGUUAUGCAGCAACUGAGGCAUGUACCUAAGGUAUUGUGUAAUAAAUAGAAGCUUUUAAUACCUAUGGAUAAAUAAAUUGCAUAUGCAAGUGUUAACGCAUUGUUUCAAGAUUCCCUUGAUGGAAAUGAUUGUUUUCCUCCGUAAAAAAUGUACGUUUUAUGUAAUUUUUUUUAUAAAAGACAGGUAACCAAAGGUAAGACAAAGAACGAUUGUAUAUAAAACCAUGCAAUUCUGUUUUUUUAAGUAAAGUGUUAUAUAAUUUUAAUGCUACGUACUUACUGUUGUCUGCUGUGUUACUUACUGAUACAGCAUUUCAUAGUUUUGGGGUAGAUUUGUUUGAUGCCAAACUAUUAUAGCUAAAUUAACAUUGUGGUUACUAUGUAUACAUACAUAUUUGUUAUUUAUAAUUAGAUAAUUUAACUGAUUUCUUUAGAAGUUUAAGUGAACUGUUAUUUCUACUGUGUAAAUAUUUUUCAUUCUUCAUAUACAUAUCUGUUUCAAAUGGUAUUACAAAUUACAUGUUUGAAUAAUAUA